GGUACAACAGGUAUUUUGUGGGUUCACCUGUCUCUCGUCCAGCUUUUCCGUCUCUGGCUGGGAAAAGGCUCCACUCCUAACCUCGAACCUCCCGUAUAGCUGAGGAUGACUGCAUUUAUUUUUGUCGAGAAUUACGGCUCUUCUUAUGAGUAAUACUGCUAUUAUCAUGCUAACUACUAUGGCUCCUCGCCGGUUGAGGGAGUUGCUCGUUUAAACUCAUUCUUCCGGUCGGCAUUUUGAGCAAACACUGAGGGACAACCAGUCCGAACCCCCCCUGUUUUUAAAAACAUAUAAAUGUGUUGCCGUUUUUCUCAACGCGAAUCAAUUAAUCGAUGAUCGCGUUACUCCGGCAACAUCCAACAUAGCACCAGUCCCCACUUCGGCCAGGUUUCCAGACGUUGUGCCCGGCGUGGAUGGAGAGAACCUCGCAUAUCCGGAGCCGGUUGUGAUCGCUGUUUUUCCUCAGAGGAGCUGUUGUGAAGUCUGGGGACGAAGAGGGGAGCUAGAGGCUCUUCUCCUGCUCCAGCUGCCAUCCUCCCCCUCCUCCUGCUCCUCCUCCUCCUCUUCAUCCACUAGAACCACUUCUUUCUCAUCACAUCCUGAGGAAUUUGGAGAUGUGAGGAUCAGAAAGGGAUCAGAGAGAUUCGGUAGCCUGUGCAAAGACACGACCACUUGACCUCAUCUUCAGCAUGAAUGGUGAUAUGCCUCAUGUUCCCAUCACUACUCUUGCUGGAAUUGCUAGCCUGACAGACUUGUUGAACCAGCUUCCGCUGCCGUCUCCUCUUCCCGCCACCACUACCAAGAGCCUACUCUAUAAUGGAAGGAUCUCAGAAGAGGUCAGCAGCCUGCUGGUGUCUCGAGAUGAGAAUCUGGUGAAUCAGCUGGCGCAUAGUCUCAACCAAGUGUCCACUGAACACAUAGAGCUGAAAGACCACUUGGGCAACGAUGAACCCGAAGGUGAUAUGCCAGUGCUGCUGCAGACGUUGCUGUCCAAACAUCCCCAAAUCUUCAACGACAAAAGCGGAAUUCAGCAACCGAUGACCCAGCAAUACAAGAUUUCCCAAAAUCAGGUUCAUGGAAGCCCAGCAGCAAACUAUCAGCAAACCACUGUCCCUCAAAGCCCCUCGGGAUGCUUUACAUCCCCUCAAUCGGGGUCUGGGUCUCGGUUCAUCCCCCAGCAGAACAGCCCCAUUCCAAGCCCCUACACCCCUCAGAGUCCUGCAGACUACAUGCAGUACAGUUCACCUAGUUACUCUCAACACCAGCAGACUCAGCAAGUUGCAGGUAGUAUCAGAAGUCUCCAUGGCAACAAGGUCUCUCGGCAGCUAUCCAGUAAUCCUUCCAAUCAUAAUGUGAAAUCGGAAUCUCACGAUGGUUACGUGAAUGUCGCUCACAGACUUGGAAAUGAGGUGAACGAUUCAUCGAUGAGAGACGCCUCGUUUCCAAUCAAAUCUCCUGCUGGAACUGAAGAUGUGUCUAAAUGGUCAAGACCACUUGCCAUGCAGUCCCCCCCCUUCGAACCGCCACCUGGAUCAGCACCGAACAUGCCUCUGACUCCUGCUGGUCGCCGAAACAAGCAAAAGCAAAGAAGCCAAGAGGAGAACGAGCCUUUGGAGAAAAACGCUUUGUACGACAUUGUGAGUUCCCCAGUCAAAGAGUCUGGCAGGUUGACAAUAAAACUGUCAAGAGUGAGGACUUCAGACACGGAUCAGAGCAGAGAACCCUCGCCCAGAAUUGGCACGGACCAAGACGCGGAUCUGACGAACAACACAGAGUUGACGAGUAGCGAGCAGGACUUCUCCGACAAGGUGGAACUGGAGGACCAGGAGCAGGUGAACUGCCAGCAGGUCACAUCGCAGCCCAACAUCAGAGAAACUGGAGUUAUUUCCGGAGCUGAUGAUGCAGAGAUGGAUACAUUAUCUGAGAUUGAGAGGACAGAACGUGAGUUGGUCACGGAGAGGGAGCGAUGGUCGAAAGAAGUCCAAGAUAAAGAUAAGCCACUGAAGAAGCGAAAGCAAGACUCUUAUCCUCAGGAAUCUGGAACUGAGGCCAGUGACGGACUCUGUAUUCAAGGUGCCAACACCGGCACAAAGUUGACGCCGAAGAAGACAAACACAGCAAGUAAUGGUGCCAGCCGCCCAGCGCUGAUGGUCAGUAUUGAUCUGCAACAAGCAGGCAGAUUGAUACGACAGCCUGUCGUGGUCUUGGACGCACAUCCUUUAAGUCCAGAGCGCGUAAAGCAUCUCAUGUCAAACACGAAGGAAACGGUUGAUCAAGUGGAUGAAAACAGACCUGCUGUCAUCAAACAGCCUGCUGACAACUCUGCGGAGCCUGGCUCAGAUGGCCGACCAACUGCUGAGAAGCUGGAGAGUCGGAGGGAAUCCAAGCACCGACACUCAGACGGGAAACGUUCUGACUCUCAACGGCAGAAACAUAACCAACAUUCAGAAACACGGCCAGAGAAGACUCACAACAAUCACCAGUCCCAAAUUGGCCAGUUGGAGUCGCCAAAAGCCACAAGCAAAUCAGAGCGCAACUCCGGCCACGGUCAAGAGAAACGAGAACGACACAAACCCAAAGAGCUAGAUGGGGAGAAGGAAAGAGAGAAAGACAAGAUGAAGAGUAAAGAUCGGGUUAGAGAAAAAGAUGAAGUAAGAGAAAUUGACAAAAAUGUGGAGAAAGAAAAGAUGAAAAAUAGAGAGGACAAAGAGAGAGAUGCUGGGAGGGAUAAGAACAAGGUUCGUGACAAAGACAAAGAAAAACAUAAAGAAGGCAGUAAGGAUAAAAGAGAAAAAGAGAGCCUUGAAGAUAAGUCAAAGCAGUCAAGGAAAAAUAAGACAGAAGAAAAGCCAGACCGAGAAAACGAAAGGGAGAGAAUGAAAGAUAUGGACAAGAACAGGGUGAGGGAUAAAGAGAAGGCUCGGGAAAAAGAUAAAGACAAGUCGAGAGAACGAAACAAAGAUAAGGAAAGAGCUAAAGAUGGUGUUAAAGAAAGGGAUAAGGUUAGAGAAAAGGAGAAAGACAGAGAAAAGGAGGAAAGCAUGCUUCGUAAUCAAGACAAGGGAAGAGAUCGUGACAGAGAGAGAGCCAGUGGUGGCGGGGAAAGGAAACACAAAACACAGAAAGAAGUAGCUGACCAUCCUUUUCCUGAAUUGUCUUCCAAAUCUGACAGAGCGAAAACAAAGCAAGACGAGCUUAGAAAGUCCUCAGACGGUCAACAAAAGACAGAAAGUUCUUGUCCUCCAAACACGCCGAGUAAAAAAGAGCGAAGGAGUGGGGACGGAGUCAACAGUGGCCAAGCGACAAAUAAACAACAAUCCAACGAAGUUAAAACUAGCCAUUUUCCUCAGUACCUGCUGGGCGGAAACUCCGGAACCCUGAAGAACUUUGUUAUUCCUAAGCGGAAGCAGGAAGGGAAGGAGAAGGAGCCCAAAGUAGCUGACGUGUCUGUGGAUGAAUGUAAAGAGCCUCAGUGGUUGCCAGAAAAAGUAGCGCUGGUUAAAAACCUCUGCAAACAAUCAAAGCCUGUUGUGGAGUUGAAUCGAUUGAACGCGGAAGAAGUGAGAAGAAUCAUCAAGGAAAGAAGAAAAUCACAAAGUUUGAAGUCCAAAUAUGGCUCCUCUUCUGAUAAUAGGCCAAGUAAAGAAAUAUCAUCAGGUGAGAAAGGAAGCAAACGGCGGCAUAGUUUGGUGAGCAAGACACCCAAGUAUGCGGAGUCGGGCUCGGACGAAGAGGAAGGCUCAGACAGUGACAGCGCUCCAAGAAAAAAGCACAAGAAGGGCAAGGACAAGACCUGGAAGCACGAAGAGAAAAAAGGCCGCCGGCGUGUUAGCGAAUUACACUCAGACGAAUCAGAUGGAGGCAGUCAGCCACAUGUCUUCAAUGACGUGGCCAAAAAAUGGAAGAAGAAACAGAAGAACAAAAAACUCUUUGAUCCCAAGAUGACCUUAGAUGAAAUGCUGGAUUCUUCCACAUUCAAAAGAUUCAGUGCGGCUGUUGACAGCAUUCUGGAGAGCCUUGAGGAUGUGGACCUCACUGCUGAUGGGGAUGAGGAUGAGAUACCCCCAGAGCUUCUCCUUGGAAAGCACCAACUCACUGAGCUUGGCAGCGACUCUGCCAAAAUUAAGGCUAUGGGCAUCUUUAAGAUGAUAUCAUCUGAAAAACUAGUGAGACUGAUGAGCAUUCUGGAGAAGAACAUUCAGGACAGUGUCAAGCUUUCCACUAUGAUGAGUCUUGAUAACGACAGCAUGGACGAGGAACGUCUGUGGCGAGACAUCAUCAUGGAGCGGGUGACGAAGUCGGCAGACGCCUGUCUCACAGCUCUGAACAUCAUGACGUCCCCUCAUAUGCCCAAGGCUGUUUAUAUAGAAGACGUGAUCGAGCAGAUGCUGCAGUUCACUAAGUUUCAUCUGCAAAACACUCUGUACCCUCAGUACGACCCUGCCUACAAAACAGACCCACAUGGAGGUGCAUUGCAUAAUUCCAAGGGCAAGAAGGGGAAGUCUUCCACCCAUAAGCAGAAGGCUGUGGUGUCACUGUAUAACAAAGUGUGUGAAAUUGUCUGCAACAUUGCAGAGCUGCUUGAGAUCCAGCUGCUCACUGAUACGACUAUUCUUCAGGUUUCCAACCUUGGUAUUACCCCCUUCUUUGUGGAGAAUGUCAACGACCUGCAGCUGUGUGCCAUUUCACUGGUGACAGCGGUUUUCUCUCAGUACAAGAAGCACAGGCAGCUCAUCUUGGAAGAGAUCUUCACCGCUCUGGCUCGACUACCAACCAACAAACGUAGCCUCAGAAACUUCAGUCUGAACAGCGGCGACUCAGACGAAGAACCGGUCUAUAUUCAGAUGGUCACAGCUCUGGUUCUUCAGCUCAUCCAGUGUGUUGUUCAUCUCCCUUCUGAACGGGAAACAGAGGACGAAAACAACAAGAAGGUGGAUAAAGACAUUCUAAUUACAAACUCCUAUGAAACGGCAAUGAGAACUGCCCAGAACUUCCUGACGGUCUUUCUGAAGAAAUGUGGCAGUAAGCAGGGAGAAGAGGACUACCGGCCUCUGUUUGAGAACUUUGUGCACGACCUUCUGUCCGCGGUCAACAGGCCAGAGUGGCCAGCCGCAGAACUGCUGCUUAACCUACUGGGUCGUCUGCUGGUGCAUCAGUUCAGCAACAAGCAGACAGAAAUGGCACUGCGGGUGGCGUCUCUGGACUAUCUCGGUACUGUUGCGUCUCGCCUACGUAAAGAUGCUGUCACAAGCAAGAUGGACCAGAAAGCAAUAGAUCGCAUCCUGAAAGAGGCUCCGGUCAGUGAUGAAGUCCAGCAGCUGCAGAGGUCUUUACUGGACUACAUCGAUGACAAGCUGGAGUCAGAUACCUCUCUAGUGUUUGCAAGGAAGUUCUACAUCGCCCAGUGGUACAGGGACACUACAAGUGAAGUGGACAAAGCAAUGAAGUCUCAGGACAGCGACGAAGACUGGAGGGGUAAUUCCAUGGACGUAGAAGCCAGUGAGGAGAUAAUUCAGAAGGCAGAACUGCGGAAGAAAUUCCUGCGCAAGUUUAUCAGAAACUCACGCACCAGGUUAAUAUGGUUGAUAGACUCAAUUAUGCCGUUUGCCCCCACCAGGACCAACACUUGUCUCUGUUUCAGGACCAACUCUGACGCUGUGGACUACGAGGAUGCCUGUCUGAUUGUCCGAUAUUUAGCCUCCAUGAGGCCAUUUGCACAAAGUUUUGAUAUUUAUUUGUCACAGAUCUUGAGAGUUCUCGGUGAGAGUGCGAUCGCUGUUCGAACUAAAGCCAUGAAGUGUUUGUCGGAGGUCGUGGCUGCAGAUCCGAGUAUUUUGUCGAGGGUGGACAUGCAGCGCGGCGUCCACUGUCGUCUCAUGGACAAUUCCACAAGUGUGCGAGAGGCAGCCGUGGAACUUCUUGGCCGCUUCGUUCUCAGUCGUCCAGAGCUCAUCGAACAGUAUUAUGACAUGUUGGUGGAGAGGAUUUUGGACACUGGUAUUAGCGUGAGGAAAAGAGUCAUCAAGAUCCUGAGGGACAUUUGCCUGGAGCAGCCAGACUUCCACAAGGUGACAGAGAUGUGCGUCAAGAUGAUUCGAAGGGUCAACGACGAAGAAGGGAUUAAGAAACUGGUGAAUGAGACGUUUCAAAAGUUAUGGUUCACGCCAACGCCGAGUCACGACAAGGAAGGCAUGAUUCGAAAAAUCCUCAACGUCACAGAUGUGGUGUCGGCGUGUAAAGACUCUGGCUACGAUUGGUUCGAGCAGCUCCUUCAGAACCUGUUAAAAUCUGAGGAGAACGCUUCCUACAAACCUGCUAAGAAGGCCUGUCAUCAGUUAGUAGACAACCUUGUGGAGCACAUCCUCAAAUAUGAGGAUUCUAUUGCAGACUGUGAAGACAAAGGAGUCAACACUGACCGUGUGGUCGCCUGCAUCACCACUCUCUAUCUUUUCACUAAGAUCAGUCCGCAGUUGAUGAUCAAACAUGCUAUGACCAUGCAGCCGUACCUGACCAGCAAGUGCAAUACUCAAAACGACUUCAUGGUGAUCUGCAAUGCCGCCAAGAUCCUGGAGCUUGUCGUUCCUCUGAUGGACACGCCCAGCGAAAGUUUCCUCAACACCAUCGAAGAAGAUCUGAUGAAGCUAAUCUUCAAAUAUGGCAUGAUGGUUGUGCAGCACUGUAUCAGCUGUCUAGGGGCCAUUGUCAACAAGGUCACUCACAACUACAAAUUUGUUUGGGCUUGUUUUAAUCGCUACUACGGCGCUCUGGCCAAACUGAAGACGCAGCACCAGGAGGACUCCAGCAGCUCCACUCUGGUCAGCAACAAGCCCACACUGCUGCGCUCGCUUUUCACUGUCGGUGCACUCUGCCGACACUUUGAUUUUGAUCAGGAGGAGUUCAAAGGGGCAAAUAAGAUCAUCAUUAAGGACAAGGUGCUGGAGCUUCUACUGUACUUUACCGCACACGAGGACGAGGAGGUCCAGAACAAGGCCAUCGUUGGUCUAGGUUUCCAGUUCAUCAUGCACCCAGAGCUCAUGUUUGGGCAGGAGGUGAAGGUUCUCUACAACAACACCUUGUCUGACGAAAUCACUUCAGUCAAUCUAAAGAUCCAGGUGCUGAAAAACCUGCAGACUUACUUGCAGGAGGAGGACAAUCGAAUGCAGGAAGCUGAUCGUGAAUGGAAGAAACAAGCAAAGCAGGAAGAUCUAAAGGAGAUGGGUGACAUUUCAUCUGGCAUGAGCAGUUCCAUCAUGCAGAUUUACCUCAACAAAGUCCUGGAAUCCUUCUUCCACGCUCAGUCCACAGUCCGACACUAUGCCCUGAGCGUCAUCACGCUGACGCUCAGUCAAGGAUUGAUCCACCCUGUGCAGUGUGUGCCAUAUCUGAUUGCUAUUGGGACCGAUCCUGAACCCACCAUGAAGAACAAAGCAGACCAACAGCUGGUGGAAAUCGACAAGAAAUAUUCUGGCUUCAUUCAUAUGAAAGCCGUCGCUGGGUUGAAGAUGUCGUUUCAGGUCCAAAGUGCCAUUGUCGGAUCUAAGAGCCCAGUUAUCCGAGGUUUCCGCCAUGACGAUACAGACUCUGCUCUCUGCUCCCACCUAUACACCAUGGUGCGGGGGAACCGGCAGCAUCGACGGGCUUUCCUUAUUUCCCUGCUCAACCAAUUUGACGACAGCACGAAGACGGAGGUGAACAGGCUGCUCUUUAUAGCAGACAACCUGGCCUGUUUCCCGUACCAGACGCAAGACGAGCCGCUCUUCAUCAUGCACCACAUUGACAUCACUCUGUCCGUCUCAGGCAGCAAUCUGCUGCAGACCUUCAAGGAGUCAUUACUGAAAGAGCCGGUGCCACGGCCGAAGAAGAAAAAGAUCAAAAAGAAGAAGAAGAAAAAGAAGAAGAAGUCGCACCAGCAGAGGAGGAAACAUGGCUCUGAUGAUGAAGGCGAGGAGAACAGUAGCAGAUCCAGCAGCAGCAGCAGCAGCAGCAGCAGCAGCAGUAGUAGUAGUAGUAGUAGCAGCAGUGAUGAGGAAGAGGUUGUCCUCUCCAAGAAGAAGACGGAUUCAGACUCUGAGGAUGAGGAUUCCAUCUUGGACCGACUUCCUGAGAACACAAAGCUCCUGCUGGACUUUGCAAGUGCGUCUCAGGGAAUCAUCCUGCUCCUAGUGCUCAAGCAGCAUUUGAAAAACCUCUACGGAUUCUCAGACAGCAAAAUCCAGAAGUACUCACCGACAGAGUCUGCUAAAGUGUACGACAAGGCUGUGAGCCGGAAACCGAAGGUGCAUUUCCACCCUCGACAGACUCUGGAGUUCCUCAAGGGGGAUUUGGCCAACAAGGAUCUCAGCGACGACACCAAGAGAGACAUAGUCAAACAGUAUUUGGAUUUCAAGGUCCUGAUGGACCACCUGGACCGUGAUGAAGAGGAAGAGGAGGGUGAGGCAAACGCAAAUGCCAGGAACAAAGCAAUCACCUCACUGUUAAAGGGCCCAAAGUCCAAAAACCACGACCACAGCAAUAACGCUGUGCCAGUGGAGUCUGAAGAUGAGGACACAGAGGAAGAAGAUCCACCUGCGAAGAAAUCGAAGAAAGGUGCGGAAGCCGCCGCCGAUGCAGGCCACAUGAAUGAGAAGGUGGAAGCCAUGGACGUCAUCGCCAUCUGCUGCCCCAGAUACAAAGACCGACCACAGAUUGCCAGGGUCAUCGAGAAGAUCAAAUCUGGCUACAGUAUACACUGGAUGUCAGGGACUUACACUGGACCCUGGUCUGUGGCAAAGAAAAGGGACGGCCGUAAAAAGGUGCCUUGGGUGGACGCCAUCAAAGAGUCGGACAUUAUUUACAAGAAAAUCAACCUGACCAGUAGUCAGAAGCUCUCAAACAAAGUGGCACACAGGCUAAGGGCGCUGUACGCCGCCAGAGACGGGACUAAGAGAUAAUCAUCUGACUUUACUCACACAACCCCCUUGUCCCCGCCCCACUGCCCAAAUCUAUGUGGAUCCAAUGUGUCACACAGAAACAUUUUUAAUAUUUAAUGACCCUAUGAAGUUGAACACCGGAAGGAAAUGUUUGAGGAAAACAUUGUGUGGGAUUUCCUUCGCUGUUGUACAGCAACCUGGUUGUUUGAUUUUUACUCCCACUGUAUCAUAGUUUAACAGUUGUUUAUAUCUGAACAUAAAUAUGUAAAAAAGAAGUAAGUGAAUGUUGGAAAUUAGUGUAUUGAUGAUGUUCUUAAUAAAGUGUUUUUGAAGAUUA